AUGUCAAGGCCACAAAAGGAUUCCACCAUUCCUAGUGUAGCCUCUACAUCACAGGAAGAUCAUGAAAUUAGGAGACUGAAAGUCACUUUGCUAAGUAACGAGUGGGGAUCAUCAACUGAUGAGGACUUGUCAACUUUCAACCAAGAGCUGGCCAUCCAGUUAGCUAAGCACCCCGAUGUGGAUGUUAGUAUCUUGCUUCCAAAUUGCAGUGGAGAGGACAGGAGCAGUGCUGAAAGUCACAAUGUGAAGCUCAUUGAAGCAGAUAAAGUUCCUGGUGUAGAGCCAGUUCUUUGGUUGUCAUCUCCACCUAGAAACCAUAUAAUGGACUGUAUCAUUGGUCAUGGAGUUCCCUUUGGCAGACUAAUUCCACUCAUCACAAAAAAUCUAGAGUACAGUCAUUGCAAAUGGAUUCAAGUUGUUCACUCUGCUCCUGAAGAAGAAGGAAUACACAAAAACAUUUCAGAAGGUGAGAAAAUGCAAGAAGAAGAAAUCCAACUCUGUGAAAUGGCUGAUCAAGUUAUCACAAUUGGACCCAAGUUGGCAGAAGCUUACAAGCGUUACCUUUGUCCAUUUAAACAAGAAGAAAAAGUUUUUGACCUUACUCCAAGUGUUUUCUCCAAAUUUUUGGAAGUAGAGCAAGCCACUGAAGAAAGAAGAACAUUCUGUAUUCUUUUAAUUGGAAGUGGUGACAGCUGUGAAGAUUUCAAUGUCAAAGGGUAUGACAUAGCUGCUCAAGCAAUUGCUGAGUUGAAAGAUAAAUCCUACAAACUCAAGUUUGUCUGUGCAGCUGUAACAAAAGGAGAGAUUGUAGUAAAAAAGUUCGUCCACCAUGGCAUUAGUCCUGAUCAACUUAUUAUUCGCAGCUUUGAUGAUAGCAGAGGAGUGCUGGCUAACUUAUUUUGUGAAGGGGAUCUUGCAAUAAUGCCAUCCAGGACAGAAGGUUUUGGAAUAACAGCUCUGAAAGCGUUAUCUGCUCGCCUGCCCAUACUUGUCAGUGGUAAUUCAGGACUUGGAGAAGCUCUGAAGAAAGUUCCUUUUGGCCAACAGUGUGUGGUAGACUCUGAUGAUCCUAAAGACUGGGCCAGAGAAAUCAAGCGUGUCCGUCAGAAAUAUAGAGAUGUGCGACUUUCAGAGUCAAAUACUCUACGUAAAAAGUACAUGAAGAAGUAUAGCUGGGAGGAGCUUUGUAAGAGUCUUGUGAUAAAGAUGAAGAAGCUUGUCUUCAGCCUUCAGCCCUUGCAAGGUUGUUCAGAAAAUAAGGUAACUAUACCAAGGAAGGAUAAGAGACUAGCAUCUGUCAGUGCAGAUCAGUCUUGCAAGCGACGCAGGAAAGAGUUUGCUAUUCAUGACUACUGUGAAGAAGGGAGCCCUGUUGUAGGCAAGACAACUUUUUGUCUUAAAAUUGCCCAUGAUUGGGCUAAUAAGGCAACUUCGAAGGUGGAUUCCUUUCCUCAAUUUGAAGUAAUUUUAUUGCUCAAAUGCCGCGAUAUUCAUGGGGACAUAAUAGAUGCUAUCAGGAAAGAGCUUAUUGAUUAUAUUGAAGAUUUCCAUUACCAAGGAAAAGUUUUAAUAAUUCUGGAUGGUCUUGAUGAGUUACCUGAGAUAUAUUGUGCCAAGCACAACCUGGAGGUGCCUGCUGAUGACAAAGCUCUAACAAGGCACUUUGAAGACAGUUUGCUAGUUCUUGGAGAGUUAGCUUGGAGAUGCUGGGAAGAAGAUCAAUUUUCAUUUCGUGAAAAAGAGUUGGUAGAAUUUGAAUCUACACAUGAGAGUCUUGCAGCUCGCAAACUUGGUCUUGUGUUCAAGGAAGCCAGCUUACGGAAGAUUAACCCACAGCACGAGUAUUUCUUCUUUCACAAGACAUUUCAAGAGUAUCUGGCUGCAUUUUAUCUAGCACAUAUGCUUUUGAAACAAAAGAUUUAUUUUUCUGAGUUGCAUUUGGACUUAUAUGAGGAUCUGACAGAGAGGUACAGACAAGUGUUUAUAUUGUUUCAGUGA